GACCCCAAUGUUAAAGCCCUCUUUGACGUCUUCAUUGAUGCCUGGUUCGAGCAGGCCGCUGAAGGGGAGGAAUCCGAGGAGGACGUCAAUGACGACCCUGUGGAGCCAGAUAGUGGCCUGGCUAUUGUUGAGGACAGCGGGGACGAGGUGCACGAUGGCUUGGACGGCGAGAGUGUAUCCCUGGAAACGCCUGAUUUGGAGGAUGAUGACGA